AUGUUGUCGAUUUUGAAGAAGUUCGCAAUCAAUAUUUGGCAUGAUCUAUCAAGUGCAAAAAUGGACAGUGUCACACCUUUCAAUAUUUUUGACAGGAAUGACGCUAUACUUGUCGUGGUCGAUAGAUUUUCUCGCAUGGCACACUUCAUACCUUGCCAUAAAACAAAUGAUGCCUCACAUAUAGCAUCUUUGUUUCUGCGUGAAGUUGUUUGCAUUCAUGGAGUACCACGGUCCCAAAAUUUGUUAGUCAUUUCUGGAGGUUAUUGUGGAGUGUUGUGGGAGCUAAGUGGCAAUACUCUACUACUUUCCACUCACAGACGGAUGAUCUCACUGAUGUUGUCAAUCUCGUGUUGUUCCCAUAAAAAUGAAAUUGUGAUCCUUAAUGACUCAAAGAGGUGUCUGAUGUGUGAUGCAUGA